AUGUCUGCGGCUAUAGAUAUCUUAUAUUCGAAUGAAGCUCGAAGUAUACGCCCACAAUUUCACGUUGAAAAAUUGCUGGGUCAAGGGACGUUUGGGAAAGUGUACCUCGUACGCGACACCUCCACCGGAAAGUUAAAAGCGCUGAAAAGAACACAAAAAUGGAAGCGCACAGCUUCUAGGGAAGUUCUUUGCAUGGAAGAGAGCCGCGGAUCCGCGUCGUUGGUAGCCGCUGAUUCAAUUUUCUACUCAACGACGCCCGGCGGCUUCACAGUGCAAAACGUUCUAAUGGAGUACAUGGGGUGUUCACUUCAGUCGUUUCUUUCAAAGAUUAGAAAAGAACGUCGGGCAGAUAACUCUGCAGGCAAUACUUUUCCAUGGAUUCGCCACAUGGCUAGCCAAAUUGUUCACGGAGUAUACGAGCUGCACUCUAGGGGGAUCCUCCAUCGCGACCUCAAGCCAGAAAAUGUAUUGAUUGAUGACAAACCAAACGGCUCAAUGACCGUUCGGAUAUGCGAUAUGGGCUCCAGCAAGCGGCUAACCUACAAGGACGAACAUUCCAUGCCAUACAUUUGCUCGAGAUGGUACAGAGCACCUGAAUUACUUCUGGGCGCGACUCAAUAUUCAAUGGCCGUGGAUCUCUGGUCAUUAGGAUGUCUCCUUGCCGAGCUUAUUUGUCUGCGGCCUUUGCUGGAAUGCGAAGUACCAUUUUGCACUCAGGCAAAACCUGCGGAGCAUACCCGAGAGAGUGGUUUCGCUUCUGAAGUGUUUCAGCUGAUGGCGCUCGUAGAGCUUCUUGGAUCACCGAAUGAGUGCGAAAAACGCGGAAACACCACAAUGGGCUGA